AUGAACACACCUGCAGCACCCGAGAGUGGGGUUAUUUUUGACUGUAGCUACCGCGACUUAGCAACUCCAUCUAAAGAAGGCCUGUCCUAUCAACUGAUCCGUGAGAGUUGCCAAACCCGUAGUACCACGGAAACAGUGCUAAGUUCAAUUAUUUGGAUUAGCGUAUCCAGCACUCUAGCUAUUUUAUCCUAUCUCUUCUAUAUUUAUGCCCAUGCAGGCCAAAACCUAGUUGAUGCUAACAACAGCCCGUACGACUUUUCCGAUGUACUUGUUUUCUUGGGGCUAAUGAUCACAACUUGUGUAGUAGCUUUAUUACUUCGCCAGUUAUCUCGUCGGAAAGCGAACAAGGCGUUCAAUCUUGGCGAUGCUUUAGGCAGAUGGUUUGUCUACUCUUUAGUAUCCUUAUGUGUAUUUGGCGGGGCUGUUGUUCUUUUUGCUCAUGUUGCUAUUGAUAACCAGAAAGCAUAUCUUAUUGAUCAUCUGUUUGUUCUACCAGUCGGGCUACUGAUUAUUGGGUUAGUAGCAGCCUUUUUGGAGUACUUCAAGUUCAAAACCAAGUACCCUUCUGCUGCCAAAGUCGCUACAUUUAUUGCCCUUCUUCUUAUUGGAGCUCUUUUACUUGCACUUACCCUUCUACUAACUCACAUCUCAUUUGAGAUACUUGCUUUGGCCGCUAGUGCCGGCCACACCUAA